UAUAAAAUGAUGCUUUUUCCCAUGCAACAUCAGCAAACAUUGUGACUGGUCUGCUUCUGUCCUGCUGGAUUACCAAGUGUCCAUUUUCACUCUGUGCUCCCAUCACUGUGUACAUUACUGAGAUAGGGGGGGUCUCACAUCCCCAGGAUUUUGGUCUUCUUUACUGCCCAUGGGAAGAACAUGCAUUGUGGGUUAUUGGAGGAACCAGACAUGGAUUCCACAGAAAGCUGGAUUGAACGGUGUCUCAGUGAAAGUGAAACAAACGGUAUUCAAGCCACACAUCCUUGGGCAAUGUUUCUAAUGAAGAAACAGAUGAAGAAAAGGAAAACAGGGCAUCGAAACCGCACUCCACCCCGGCCACUCUACAAUGGUUGGAAGAGAACUACGAGAUUGCAGAGGGAGUUUGUAUCCCCCGCAGUGCCCUCUAUAUGCAUUAUUUGGAUUUCUGUGAAAAAAAUGACACCCAACCAGUGAACGCUGCUAGUUUUGGCAAGAUAAUUAGACAACAGUUCCCACAAUUAACCACAAGGAGACUCGGAACCAGAGGACAAUCAAAGUAUCAUUAUUAUGGUAUUGCGGUCAAAGAAAGCUCUCAGUAUUACGAUGUCAUGUACUCUAAGAAAGGAGCUGCAUGGGUCAACGAGACAGGAAAAAAAGAAGUCACAAAACAGACAGUGGCGUAUUCACCGCGGUCCAAGCUUGGAACAUUACUGCCUGAGUUCCCAAAUGUCAAAGAUCUAAAUCUGCCAGCCAGCAUCCCAGAAGAAAAGAUUUCAACAUUUAUAAUGAUGUAUCGAACCCACUGCCAAAGGAUACUGGACACUGUAAUACGAGCCAACUUUGACGAGGUUCAGAGUUUUCUUCUGCACUUUUGGCAAGGAAUGCCACCCCAUAUGUUGCCGGUUCUGGGCUCGUCCACCGUGGUAAACAUAGUGGGUGUGUGUGAUUCCAUACUAUAUAAAGCGAUCUCUGGUGUAUUGAUGCCAACUGUGUUACAAGCUUUGCCCGACAGUUUGACGCAAGUGAUACGAAAAUUUGCCAAGCAGCUGGACGAAUGGUUGAAAGUUGCCCUCCAUGACCUUCCGGAAAAUUUACGGAAUAUUAAAUUUGAGCUAUCUAAAAGGUUUUCACAAAUCCUUCGAAGGCAGACAUCAUUAAAUCAUCUGUGCCAGGCAUCGCGGACAGUAAUACACAGUGCUGAUAUCACAUUUCAGAUGCUGGAAGACUGGAGGAAUGUUGACCUUAAUAGUAUUACCAAACAAAGUCUAUAUACUAUAGAGGACUCCAGAGACGAACACAGGAAACUCAUUAUCCAGUUGUAUCAGGAGUUUGAUCAUCUGUUAGAAGAACAAUCCCCAAUUGAAUCAUACAUUGAUUGGCUGGAUUCCAUGGUAGACAGAUGUGUCGUAAAAGUAGCAUCCAAAAAACCCGGCUUAUUGAAGAGGGUGGCACAACAGUUCCUCUUGAUCUGGUCUUGCUUUGGUACAAGAGUCAUUCGGGAUAUGACGUUACACAGUGCGCCAAGUUUUGGUUCCUUCCACCUCAUUCACCUCAUGUUUGAUGACUACGUCCUGUACUUGUUGGAAUCGUUACACUGUCAGGAGAGAGCUAAUGAGCUCAUGAGGGCAAUGAAAGGAGAAGCUCACAGUGAGGAUGCAGAAGAAAUUAUACUGGUGGAGCCGGCAAUUUCUACACCCUCUCCCAUACCCUUCUCGCCAGCUACUUCUUCAGCAUCUGUUGAAAUCUCAUCAGUGACGUCCCCUGGUGGCACCCAGUCUCCUGAGAGUGGUGCUUUGGUGACAACAGGUACAAUGCAGUCAUACACAUGGUCUCUAACGUACACUGUCACUACAGCUGCUAAUGGAUCGGGAGAGAAUGCUCAGCAAGUACCUUGUAUGAGAAGUACACACAUGUCCCCUUCUGUCACGCAUAGAAUACCUGUUUAUCCACAUCGAGAGGAACAUGGGUAUACAGGGAGCUAUAAUUAUGGAACCUACGGUAACCAGAGUCAUCACUCAAUAGCGUCGCAGUACACAUCUCUCCCACACGAAUCUGCCAUUGCUGGACCACUUCAUUAUACAGCUUACCACAGAAGUCCCUCUCAGUACCCAUUUAACAGCCAGACACGGAUGGACCCUUGCCUCAUGAGCAGUACACCAAGACUCCAUCCAAGCCAGGUAGCACCACGGUGGCCAGAAGUGACAUCAAGCAGCCCCUGUUAUCCAAGCCCAGCCAUGCACUCGGCCAGAUAUGGAAGCUCCCCUGACAUGUACACGUCCCUGACUACACGGCGGAACUCGGACUAUGAACACAUGCAGCAUUUUCCCGGCUUUGCCUACAUCAAUGGAGAAGCUAGCACGGGGUGGGCUAAGUGAAGACUGUGGAUACAAACUUUUUCCCAAUGGAAAUUCUAAGACUGUAUUCCUGAAAUUUUAAGUAAGGGAUUGUAAAUUGGGCACAGUUUAAAAUGCAAAAAAAAAAAAAAAAGGAUUUGUACAGUGAAAAAAUGGUCCUUGUAGAGAAAGAGAAUUUAUUGCUACUGUAGAGCACUAUGUGGGGCCAAAUGGUGCCUUUUAUAUGUUAAUAAUUCCAUUUAUUGGAUCCUGUGUGAUGCCAGUCCCAGACAGUAAUUGGUUAUUUCCUCUGUAACAUUGUUCUAUAUUGUAGGUUCAGUGUUGGUCUAUUGUUUUGUAUUUAUUUACAGCACAUGUACGGUAGUUUUGUAGUUAUGCUGAGACAAUAGCUGGAUUUCAUAACAGCCAGACAAGGCAGGUGCCCAGGGACGCUGGAAAGGCAGGGGAGCCAUCUGCACAUAGGACUGCUUGCCUUUUCAUUAGGUAUCUUCACUUUCUCACUCCUGCUUUAAUAAAUCCACUUGUCUAUAUUUCUUCCUCUUUCACUAGUAAUAGAACCCACAAUGGGAAUGGUAAAGCGGCACUUACGGUAAUUUUCCUGGGGCACCGGAAUAAAAAUACACCCUAGUUAGCAUAGUACCCAUUAGCAUGGUCUAACACUGAACUUUUUCUCCAUUGUCCACUUCUGUUCAUGCAUCUUACAGUAAAACAAUUGAAAUAUG